AUCAAAAGAGGCAAGUUUGAAAACCUUGCUUAAACCCACUCCACUGUAUGAUGCAAAGCCCCAGCUCCAUUGAUUCCCAAAUGGCUUCUUCCUCUGUCACCAAUUUCUUUCCUUAUAUACACUCAAAUUUCUGUAGGAUUCCAAGAAUUGGUUACCCCACUUCACAAAUUUCACCUAGACCACUACUCUCACUCACCCCAACCCAUUCAAGGAAAUCACCCUGUUUUCGCCUCAAAACAGGCAUUUCACCAAAACCCAUCUCAAAUGUUCCACUAAAAACCUUACCUUUACCAAUCCAGAAGAAUGCUUCAAGAAUUUUCACUGAAAAGAUUGUGACUGUACUGCUUGGAUCAUUUAUUUUCAUGGGUAGCUUAAGAGCUAGGCCUGUUGUGGCACUACCAAAUGUUCAAGAAAGUAGUAAAAGUGAAACUUUUGAGGAAAAAGGAGAGGCUCGGAUUGGGGAAGGUGAGGAGGAUGAAGAGAUGUAUCUAAAGUUAUUGGAGCAAAAUCCAAGAGAUGUUGAGUCUUUAAAGAUAGUUGUGAAUGUGAAGAUGAAGAAAGGGAAGACGAAAGGGGCUGUAGAGUAUGUUGAAAGGUUAAUAAAGGUUCAGCCUAAUGAAAUGGAAUGGAGGCUUUUGCAGGCUCUUUGUUAUGAGAGGAUGGGUCAGUUUAGUAUGGCCAGGAGGUUGUUCAAGGAUAUUUUGAAGCAGAGGCCUCUUUUGCUCAGAGCUUUGCACGGUUUAGCAAUGGUGAUGCACAAGAAUCAUGAAGGACCAGCUGUCUUUGAGAUGCUGGACAGGGCUCUGGAAUUGGCUCGUUCUGAGAAAAAAGUCAAUGAGGAGAGGAACAUAAGAAUACUAACUGCACAGAUGCAUGUAGUAAAGGGGGAAUUAGAGGAGGCCUUGGAAAAGUUUCAAGCUCUUAUUAAUGAGAACCCAAGUGAUUUUCGCCCUUAUCUUUGCCAAGGUAUAGUUUACAGCCUGCUUGACAAAGAGAAGGAAGCUCUAGAACAGUUUGAGAUAUAUCAAAGUCUUGUACCUGAAGAAUUUCCACAGAAAAAGUUCCUUGAUGAUGUGAUUUUGUCAGCCAGAACAGAAUCAAAGCAACAGCUUGGGAAGGAGUUGCAAAGCUGAAUUAUCAUGGCAGACAUGGCAUUUGCAACUCUAUCUUUCAUACUAACCACUUACCAACUACUUGAAUCUCAGCCAGCCGUAGCAAACCAGUUUUACAACAUAAUUGUACAUGAAGGCGUGUACCUUGAUGUUUCUGCCAUGAUUCUUAAUGGAUGAAUCCAGCUUUUAGGUGCAAUAUUUUGUGAUUCUUACAAUUUUUUGUGAUAAAAAAGGUUCAUCGGGGUAACAUGUCAAAAUGAACAAUUAAUUAGUCACAUUUGUUGAUUUUCACUUUGAUCAAGUCAGAUUCACAUGAAACUUUGUCU